AUGGCUUCCGGCACGGCAAGGUACUUGAGAUAUAUUCUCUUUGCCUUCUUCGGACUUGCAGUGGUGUACUUCAUCUCUUCUUCCUCUUCGACCCAACGAUUAGGGAACCUGAGCGAAUUCACCAAGAGUGGCAUAUUAUCACAGGCUGGAAAGAACCCACAGGCUGGACAGAAGCCAGCAGAUGGAGACACAAACCUCUCGACUGAGACGACGCCCAACACACCCGCGGGACUUCCGCCUGCCACUGCAGAUGGCCCGAGAAUGAACGCGACCUUCGUAACAUUAGCAAGAAACUCGGACUUGUGGGAGAUUGCACGGUCUAUUCGUCAAGUGGAAGAUCGAUUCAAUCGGAAGUUCCAUUACGAUUGGGUCUUUUUGAACGACAAGCCCUUCGAUGAGACCUUCAAGAAGGUUACCACUUCUCUCGUAUCUGGCAAAACUCACUAUGGUCAGAUUCCCGUAGAGCAUUGGUCCUUCCCGGAUCAUAUUGAUCAGGACAGGGCCCGCAAGGUUCGUGAAGACAUGGCCCAGAGGAAGAUUAUCUACGGAGACUCCGUCAGCUACCGUCACAUGUGUCGAUUCGAAUCUGGAUUCUUCUUCCGUCAAGAGUUGAUGCUGAACUACGAAUGGUACUGGCGAGUUGAGCCUAGCAUUGAGCUGUUUUGCGACAUUGAUUACGACCCAUUCAAAUUUAUGGCCGACAACAAGAAGAAGUACAGCUUUGUGCUGAGCCUUUACGAGUAUGUCGAGACGAUCCCUACUCUGUGGGAUAGCACAAAGAAAUUCAUGAAGGCCCAUCCCGAGCAUAUUGCUGAGGGGAACUCUAUGGGUUUCUUGAGUGAUGAUGGUGGAGAAACUUACAACCAUUGCCAUAUGUGGUCUAAUUUUGAAAUCGGCAACCUUGAUUGGCUCCGAUCGAAAGCUUACUUAGAUUACUUUGAAGCUCUCGACCAGGAUGGAGGGUUCUUCUACGAACGUUGGGGUGAUGCCCCUGUUCAUUCGAUCGCUGCCGGUCUUCUCUUGAAGAAAGAAGAGAUCCAUUUCUUCAACGAUAUCGCGUAUUACCACGUCCCGUUCACGCACUGCCCUACUGGCGAGAAGACAAGGCUGGAUCUGAAGUGCCAUUGCAAUCCAAAGGACAACUUUGAUUGGAAGGGAUAUUCCUGCACUUCUCGAUUUUUCGAUAUUAACGGUUUAUCAAAGCCAGAGGGAUAUGAGAACCAGCAGGACUAA